GCCGCCUCAGCAUCACCACAGCAAACUGGCGCCCCGCAAUGACUGCAUGGAGCCCGAACUGGCGACCGCCUCGGCGGAGACCGAUCCUGACGACUCCUCCGACGAGUGUGUCCCCACUGACCCAGAGAAAUGGCAGCACAGCGACGUGCGCCGCUGGCUGCGCUGGAUGUCCUCUACGUUCGGCGUGCGAGCUGCGCGGGCGCAUCUCCUGCCUCCCACUGGAUGUCAGCUGUUACUUCUUACACAUCAACAGUGGCUCGAGGUCUGCGAGGGCGAGGAGAAGGCAGCGCGCACAUUCAGCACAUUCCUGGAGCACGAGCACGCGCGCACGCGCGGUCGCCCGCCGCCGCCCCCCUUGCCCGAGCACCAGAGCGAGGCCCGUCCAGCUACGGCCGCCUCGACCCCUGACUUUAAAUCAUACGCGGGCGUGAGUGUGAGUGCGCGAGGCGGCGGUGGACAGGUGCAGCUGUGGCAGUUCCUGCUGGACGAACUGGACAGCGGAGCCCCCGGCAUCUGUUGGGAGGGUCCGUCCGCAGACGGCGAGUUCCGGCUGACAGACCCGGACGAGGUGGCGCGCCGCUGGGGCCGUCGCAAGCAGAAGCCGAACAUGAACUACGACAAGUUGUCGCGCGCACUGCGGUACUAUUACGACAAAAAUAUUAUGAGCAAGGUUCAGGGCAAACGCUACGCAUACCGUUUCAGCUGGGCGGGCCUACGUGCGGCGUGCCAGGCUCAGACGGAGGCGCCGCCCUACGCGCCCUACCCCGCCCCGGUGUCGUUCCCCUCCCUCCCGCCGUCGCAGUCAUCCUCGCAACUUCAACCUUCAACCAGUGCGCAGCCUGGACACCAAUAAACAUACAACUACUGAAAAGACAUGUCACUUUGGAAAGUUGAACGGCGAACGCCACGCGUCGUCCCCUUUUUGUGAGUGCAAUAGAACUAAGAAGAAUCGUAUAGCAUACCGUGCUAAAUAUAUCCUGAGAUAGAUUGUUUGUUAUCACCAACGUGUUUUGUGAGUGAAAAGUAAAAUGUGCUUACUCCAGGUAUGUUGUCUUGUAACAUAAUAAAUUCUAGCUUUGCGUGGGGAACCUUUGGGGAAAAAGUAGCCUUUGUCACUCCCGAAGAACUAUGUUAUAUCUGUGCCAAAGUUUCGUACAAUCAGUCUAGUAGUUUCUGAUGUUUUUCGUGACAAACAUACAAAACUACAAAUCUUAUCAUUUUACUAAUAGUUCUAUAUGAAUGGACCUCUCCAUUUCCUUGAUGGCCAAACAGGCAGUUACUUAAAUAAAAACCACAAGUAACAGUAGUAAUAGAAAUGUAUGUUCAUUGAAAAGAUUAUUUCUGAAUAUUUUUGAAUUACUAUUAAUGGGUAUUUCUAUGUUAGCUUGUAACGUUGUUCCUAUCUUUAGCGCAACUCUAGAUUUGAAUUAAACAGCUGACUUGAUGAUGCAACUGAUAUAAUAUUCUUAUUUCAGAAAGAGAGAUAGAAAAAAGUGAGUGUAUUGUAUAAACAAAGUACAAAUAUAUUCUAAAAAUUAAAACUUGCAUAAUAAUAAAAAAUAAUAGACAAAGUUACUUAAAGUAACUAUGGUUUACAUAAACAGAAUGUUAAUUUUUUGUAGAAAUAUUUAUUCUUUAUUUUCCUAUAAGGUAAAUCAAUUAAUAUUUAUUGUGUAAUGUAAGUAUUAUUUUUUAAACGGACAGCGAUGCUGUUGUUUUAUUACUUUUUUAUUUAUUUAUAGAAAAUUAUUUUAUGCUUUUAACUUGGAUUGAUAAUUUAGUUGUAAAACAACGGGAGUAAAAUACGCCAUGCGGUCCUAGUUACCAGUGAAGAAAUAUGUGUAAAUUACAAUGCAAUCGUAUGUUAAUGUAGGUGAACAUUGAUAUAAAUAUCUUGAACUUUAAUUUGUAGUUUAGUUAAGUAUUUUGUUGCCUCUUUUAUUAAAUCAAUAUUCUUUUUAGGUUCUUUAGUAGUGUAAGCGAAAGAGAAUCAAUACCUAAAAAGAUUAAGAAAAUUACUUAAGAACUACACAAAAACGACGUGUAUUUUAAAGAACGUUACUUUAUAUUAGUAGCCAGCCAAAACAAUAACAGUUCAACAUUUCCGAGAGGUUAUUUCAUACGUUUAAUAAAAGCAUACUUAGAACAAGUUGAUAAAAUCAUACUUUAAAACUCGGUGAAUAAUUACAAAUUGAAUAUUUUUUGAAAAUGCUUCGUAGCGCGGCUACGAACAGGUGCUACUCCCGUACAGGUGACAUCAACGAUCACAUUUGCUACGAAGCUACGACAGUGCCACGAAGCUAAUCUGUAGAAAUGUUAAUAUGUAAGGAAAACGGACUUAUAUUUUGUAUGCAAACAUUUUUAUUUUAACUGUAGAUAUUUUUGCUUGUUAGAUUAAUUACCGAACAUUUAAAUUUGGUAAACAAACAGUAAUAUUAUAUUUAACUUGAUAUAUUACUGUUGGGUUAUCUAUGGCAAUAAGUAAUGCCUCCGGCAAGUCUUUAAUGCUAAAACUCUAUGACUGUUUAAAUAUUUUAUAAGCUUAAUAGUAAUUAAGAUAAAAUAAGCCGUGACUUUUCCAAUAAAACAAAUGGCGAAGCGCAAGGGCAUUCAACCUAUACUUCGUCAAAGCGAUUCGUCGCCAAUUUAUCCCUCAUGACUUGGCCUACACAUUUG